AUGGCCCGUUUUAUACGUAAUUGGCGCGUCACCACUCCUGACCACCAGAACGAGACAACCAAAUGCGAAUUUAAAAUUACGAUAAAGCUGAGCAAAAGAUCAGGGAGUCCAGAAACCAACACUAAAGUUUUCUUCGAAUUUGCAAGUGGAGAAACUAUCUUAAGUUCGCAACUCAAAAACACUGAAUUCGAUGCUGGAGAACUGGUAAGAACUUACGAUAAGUUAGGCAAAUUAUUUGGAGGCAUUGUAAAAGCUCAGAGUCGAGGUGACAGCUUUCACAUAGAGGCCAAAAAAUCGCAGAUGGAAAUUUUCAACAUGGGACUGUCCGUGAUUGUUGUUACUGAAGACUCUCAGCGGCUGGAACCGAUAGUCACUCCGUAUUUCAUAUAUGCUCGUCCCCCGAUGUUUUCCUCUGAGUUGAGCGUAAAUUUGGCGCCUAAUCUGGCCUGGGUUUUAAAGAAUGGCCACUCGCCACAGUUAAUGGUUAACAUUACGGAGUCGUACGAGUCUUGCCAAGACCCACCAGUUAUCAACAACGUCAUGAUAGUCUUUCAAAAUGAUUACAAAGACGUCCAUGGCAAAGAAGAAACUUUCAUUAAAGUAAUGAUAAAGGACUUUACUGAUCGACUUCCACUAAUAAAGAUUGAAAAAGUCAGACUCGCAGCAGGGAGUAUCAUAGUGUAUUUUGACGUCAUCGCCCCGAAAUCCCGGAUGGAAAAUACCCUCCUUGAAUUGUGGGACAUGGUUAAGUCUGGUUACACCCUGCAAGUAAAUGACACCAAGUAUCGAGCUAAACCAGUCAUGCGCGUUGGAGGUAAAGAUUAUCAAGGCAAUGAUAAACCCGAAAAAGCCGACGAAAGUGCCUCCAAAUUUCCUGUGGGUGCCAUUGUUGGAAUUUGCGUGUUGGUUACCCUUGCUGUUAUUUUUACAGUGGUUUGUUUCUGCUACAAGAACCGUUUGAUGAAAAAAAAGGAGGGUUUUAAAUGGAAGAGCGCAAGUAAAAUUAGUAUCCUCGACUCGCGUUCAACCUCUCGCAUGAGCGAAGAGACGAGGGAUCAUGAGAUGAUUCUGUUCAGCGGGUUAUCCAAUGACAACUUUCACUCUUCAGACGAUGAUGCAUUCCCAUCUCCAGUACCAUCGCCACGCAUCCCCCGGGUGCAGAUCAUAAAACCGGAAGAGAACUUUUUCAAACGGAGGUCAAGGCAAGUAGAAUCCACGUCUUCGCAAGUGUCCCUAGAAGCCUGGACUGGUGACAGCUCUCCAGCGCUUAUACGACGUCAAAUGGAGUUAGGUCCACCGUCCCCUCAGUUGCUAGUGCCCUCUUCAAAAUUGAGGGGGCCUUCGCCUGUGGGAAGACCUCAAACCAAGCGCUCAAGCAAUAGUGAGCUUCUAACUCAAGAGACUUCAUCCGCUGAAGGCUCUCCUCUCGAUAUGACCCCGCAAAGUUCCAGGCGCAGCAAGUCACCGAAUAAAAGAUGUUUGAUGGUUCAAAACAGCAUGAGCGCGAGUGACUCAUCUGACGAAGAGCUUGCGGUCAGAAGCAGGCCGACCUCGUCUGCUAACACGCAUGCCUCUGGUGGAAGAUCUGUGACACCUCAAACUAGCGGCUCAAAGUUGGCAGAUAAUGGCCAGAGAUCUCUGUCUCCUCCAACUAGCGGCUCAAAGUAUAAGGACCAUGGCUCGGAGGUAUUUACAUUUGAUAAACCUGUGGUGUACCGAAAGCUGAAGUCACAGGAAAGCGGAUCGAGACAUUCAUGUAAGACUGAGUUUGUUGAAAAUUUAUAUAAUAACCAUCAGUAUUUUAUUGUCUUUCCUCUGUUCUCUUUUGGAAUGAAGUGUGUCUGAAAAAGUCGCUGACUAUAACGGAUGGGGGAUGAGAGACGGAGGAAAAGGGAAUUUUUUAUAACGGGGCCCUGUUCCAUGACCCUUCCGUGCAUUUUACUAUAAUUUUGGCGAAAAAUAUCUUCCGUAAGUCCCCUUCUUGUAUAAGGCUUCUCAUUUAGCUUGUGUUCAUUUAUUUGCAGCUCAUAAUGAGUCAGGUGACUCGACCCGGUCAGGUUCAGGCCACAGUACACCCAAAGUGAGUGUUACUUCUCUUCCGCCAGGAUUUGUAGGAAACAGUUACGACGGAAACGACAUCACCAUAGAAGGUAUUGGGUUCACAAAGGUGUUCAUUGUCCUGGGAACAAAAAAAUUUUAUAGCGGUACCCCAUUGUUAAGACAAUUUGGCUAUCUAUCCAUCCAAGAAAAUUUGGUUGUGACGUCAGCGUACGUCCACCCGUACGUACAGACUCUGGGGGAGUGGGAGGGGAGGGGAAGGGAGUUUGAAAAGAGCCCGAGUGGGAGGUGGAAACGUCCUUUUUUGGCGGGAAAUCGCGCUUCUGGGCCAUGGGUUGCCCGCGCUUUUCUUGGCGGGAAGAAAAACGCCCCGACGUAUAAAGGAAAAAAACAUCAACAAAGCCGAAUCUUUCUGUUGACUAAAUUUUAAUGUCUACUUUAUCGUAAGAGCUGAAAUAAAAAACAAUUGAGACCAAUUUCGUUUGAAGAAAAACAUGAAAAUUUUAUAGCGGCGGUGAGAAAAUGAGAGAUGCAAGCGGCCACCAAGGGGAAAAUGAGCGGCAGUGAAAAAAAAAAGGGAACCGGAACACAUAAAACAUUUCCUCCAUAAAACGUGUAACUAGGAAGUUUCUGGAAAUUUCACGUUGUGCAAGACAACGGCAAAGAAAUGUACCAAAAAAGUGUGCUGCACUUGCAAAGUUGUGUUUUUUGCUAAUUAGACCUAUUUUUGUUGUUGUUUUGCUUUUUUUUUCGUUUUCGUUGUCUUCACCGUUUCUUUAGCAUUACACGAUUUUAUGUUUUGUUUGAGUAAACUAUUUAUGUUAAAGAGAGCUUCGCGUUUAGCCUUGGCUAAAUCUAUACAUUACAUGACGGUAGACUUUAUGGACCUUUCUCAAAAUUGUUGCCCUGGAGAAAAUUUUCAACCAAUCACACGCACUACCCUAGGGUUAGAUACAUUAUGCUCUAAAAUUUGAAAGCUAACCGUUUUCAGUUCAGUGCUUAACCCUAAUCACUGCAGAUCAGUGCUUAACUCUCUACUGUGUUCUCUCCAUAACUGGCGCUCUGUAGUUUUGGUUUCUUCAGCUAUUCUAGCCUCAUUCUACAUUCCAGUCUCGUUCCAUUAUGGAAAUAAUGCGUGUCCAAUCUAGCUUCACUCGAUGUUAUCUAACGCUAACCUUGAUGAUGCAACGGCGCAACCAGGCCUUGAAAGUAGCAACCAAGCCUUUGAAGGAGUUAAUUUCUUAAUAAAAGCAUUUGAAAGUGAAAAUGGCUCAUAACAUUUAUGGAAAUAUUAGUUUCAUCGUCAUUAUUAUUUAUCUCUUUAUGCUAAAAAAAAGUGCCCAUUAUGCCGGCAUUUCGCUCGAUGCUCGGAGUAUAGCAUUACGCCCAAAAUUGUGCCGGCGUUUUGUAUCUAAUCCUACACUGCCCUGAUCUGGGUAGUGACACGUCAUCAGUAUGGAAUUUCUGCAGGCGUUCCUCAGAUAUCAUUUCGCGGGAGAACAUGGUGCUGUCGCGAAAUUUUUGCUGUUUAUUUUUUGUACGUCUGCCUGGUAAAUUCUGAAGUGUCCUGCUUCAUUUCCCCGUUUUGCUAAAAUUCAUAUUUUCUCUUUUUUCAUAGAGGAAUCGUACACCGUAAGACUACCUGUCAACAUUCUUAACACCGUGAAAGAAGGUGAAAGCGGAAAACCUUUCACCAAAAUCGGCUUCAUCGAGUUUCCUAGCAACGCAACACUGAGCGAGAUCCGUAAAAAACUCAAGAAAGACUUUGCGGAAAUCCUUCAAAGCAAGCUCUUCCUAUUUCAGGACGCCAUGAUGGCGGAUGUUGAACCAUCGAGGGAAGAAGCAACUAAAAGCAUAUACAACUUGUCAGUCAUCAUUAGAUUUACCAAUGAGCAAGGUAAUAGUAGUAUCAGUAUUGAAAGUUUAUUUCACUUUUGUAACCUGCUGGAAUAAUUAUUUUCCUGCCACGGAAAUAUAAUCAAUAAUGAUAAAGGUGAGGUUGCAUGGAGAAUGUGGGCUGUGAAAUGUAGAAAGCGAGAGGUGUUUAUUUUUGUGAAAAAAAAAUAUAAAAGUAAAGGUAAGAAAACUAAGGAACAUUUUUUUUCUUCAAGAAAUCCUUGGCAAGUUUUUCAGCAAUCAAAAUUUAAAUUAUCUUUAACGCAAUCAGUAUUGUUAUGUAAAAGAAGUUGGUUUUGUCACGCCGCUUUCAUACACUUAAUCUGGGGUUAUAUUAGUGGAAGGACCCGUUGAGCUAGCUUGUUUUACUUACGAGUUGUCCGAGGGGAUGUUAUUAAAAUGCGGAACGAGGAACGAGCACGGGGAACGGGAAAAUGAAAAAUGGGAACAAAACCAAACUUGAACCUUAGCCCUAUCAUUAAAUUCUUUUCCAAUUCUUAGCUUUGUUCCCAUUUUUCAUUUUCCCGCUCCCCGUUCCCGCUCCCCGUUUCCUAUUUUCCGAGGUAAAAAUUCAAUUGUUCCACUCAGGUUUGGAUAGUAAUAGAAGUAAGAGAAGACUCAAUAACAUGUCAAUUGUUCAAAUUUCAAAUUUCCUUUUUAAACUUCACUGGUCAUCCCUUGUCGAAACGUUCAAAGAAGGACCUCGAUCUUAACACGUGUAUCAUGGAUUGUGUUUUUCUCCCGUCCACAGAAUCUGCACGACUUUUCUGUACGUGUGGUACACCGGCUCAUUUCCAGUGCUCAGCGUGCUUCAAGCGAGGAUACUGUGGCCGUGAAUGUCAGCUGAAAGACUGGCGGUACCACAAAAUAGUUUGUGAAUUCGUGGAAGUGUCCAGCGUUUAACACUUCAGUUAGUGAAGUUUAAAAGUUUUAGAAAACAGGCGUUUAUUUCAUGGUUGUGAAGCGUCCUACAUUGAACAAACUAUACAUUCGUUUGCAUUCUAGAUUUUGAUUUCACUUACUUUUCAUGAACAUAAGAUUGCUUUAUGCUCUUGGUCAGUAAAUCUAGGGUUUACAGACGCGCUUUAUCGCAUAAGUAAUGAUACUAACCUGCCAGACGAAGCAACUUGGAGUUUGAAUGCUAAGUCCAGUUCUGUGUGAGAUCUCUCAUUUAGCGAAUUCUAUUAGAAUCUACAUGUACUAGUUACGAUCUGAGUUCGAAAGAUCCCGUGUGUAUCACCCUAUCUUCUGUUCUAAAAUCUUUUUCGAUUUCAUACGAACCCGGAACAAAAACAUGUCGAAGUGUGCCAUUCUUUGGGGCCGACCAGUUCACUUUUGAGGGAGGGCUGGUGUUUGGGUU